GGCGGAGUCAUGGCUGCAGCAGUAUGGCUACCUGCCACCGGGCGACAUGAGGACCCACGCCCUCCGAUCCCCCAAGUCUAUCUCUGCCGCCAUCUCCGCCAUGCAGCGCUUCUACGGUCUCACCGUCACCGGCUCCAUCGACGCCAACACCAUUGAGGCCAUGAAACGACCACGCUGCGGCGUGCCGGAUAAGUUUGGUGCCGAACUGAAGAGCAACCUGAGGAAGAAACGCUACGCCAUCCAGGGCCUCAAGUGGAAAAAGAGAGACAUCACCUUCUCCAUACAGAACUACACCCCUAAAGUGGGUGAGUAUGAAACCCAUGAGGCCAUCAGGAGGGCCUUCAAGGUGUGGGAGAGCGUCACCCCUCUGCGUUUCCGGGAAAUCCCGUACAGCUACAUACGGGACAAAGUGGAGGAGUUUGCCGACAUCAUGCUGAUCUUCGCCGAGGGUUUCCAUGGAGACAGCAGCCCCUUCGAUGGCGAAGGGGGCUUCCUGGCACAUGCCUACUUCCCCGGCAAUGGAAUCGGGGGAGACACGCACUUUGACGCCGCCGAGCCCUGGACGAUUGGAAACCAGGAUUUGUUAGGAAAUGACGUGUUCCUGGUUGCCGUCCAUGAGCUGGGCCACGCGUUGGGUCUUGAACAUUCAAAUGACCCCUCAGCAAUCAUGGCUCCUUUCUACCAGUGGAUGGACACGGAGAACUUCCAGCUCCCUGAUGAUGACCGCCGAGGAAUCCAGCAGCUUUAUGGAUCUGGUUCGGGCCCCGAGCCUCCUCCUGUGACGCCGCGCAACCCUUACCACAGCCCACCGCCCACCCACUCGCCAGACCGGCCCCGCUUUGGACCCAACAUCUGUGAGGGACACUUUGACACCAUCGCCAUCCUCCGAGGCGAAAUGUUCGUCUUCAAGGAUAAGUGGUUCUGGCGAGUGCGUCACAACCAGGUUCUGGAUGGAUACCCUAUGCCAAUUGGCCAUUUCUGGAGAGGCCUGCCCACGCAUAUCAAUGCUGCUUUCGAAAGGGAAGAUGGGAAGUUUGCCUUCUUCAAAGAUAACAGAUACUGGGUGUUUAGUGAAUCCAAUCUGGAUUCCGGAUAUCCUAAGAAUCUGAAGGAAAUGGGUACCGGGCUUCCCAAAGACCGAAUAGACGCUGCCCUCUUCUACACUCCCACUGGACAGACGUACUACUUCAGAGGAAACAAAUAUUAUCGGUUCAGUGAAGAGACACGGAGUGUUGACAAUGGCUACCCCAAAUCCAUUAGUGUAUGGCAAGGAGUGCCCGAAAACAUCAAGUCAGCCUUCAUGAGCAAAGACCAGGCAUACACUUACUUCUACAAAGCCAACAAGUACUGGAAGUUCAACAACCAGAUGAUGCGGGUGGAGCCGGGCUACCCCAAGUCGGCGCUCCGAGACUGGAUGGGCUGCCCCAACGAAGACCCCAAGACCGAUGGAGGAAAAGGCGGAGGCGGACAGGACAAGGACAAGGAUAAGAACAAGGGCAAGGACAGGGAGCCCGAGGACAAGGACAGAACUAGAGAUAGAGAGAGGGACAGAGAGAGGGACCGAGAGGUAGAGAAGGAGGAGGAUACAGAGGUGAUUAUCAUCGAGGUGGACAAGACCGGAGCGAGUGGCGGCGGAGGUGCGGCAGCUGUGGUGGUGCCCCUGCUCCUCCUGGUGUGUGUGAUUGUCACGCUGGCAGCUCUGGUGUUUUUCCGAAGGUAUGGCACCCCACGCCGGCUCCUCUACUGCCAACGAUCUCUACUGGACAAGGUGUAGAAGGUAGAGGAAAGAGAGAGCGAGAGAGAGAGUAAGAAAUAGGGGAGAGAAGGAAAAAGAGAAAGUGUCGGCUUGAAAUUAGAUGUGAGGAAAAAUGUUGAGGGCAAAAAGAGAGAGAUAAAAUAGAAAGCACUGAGGAAGAGAGAGAGAGAGCUGAAGAGAGAGCGAGAUUUACAUGACAUGUUAAGAAACUCCUACCACUGCCAAACAAAACAUUGAAGAGAUUCCUUUUGCUUUCUCUUAACCACUUCAUCCCUCUAUUUACUUGUUUUUUUUUUUAUUCUUCCUAUCUGCCUCGCUCGCUCUCUCUCUUGCUCUCUCUCUCGCUCUCUCUCUCUCUCUCUUUUUGUGGUUGUUGACGCCAGCUCAUCGCUGUUUGGUUUAGGCUUUUUAAAUGUUGUAUCUUUAGUUUUGUCAGUGGUCAGUGUUCGUGUCCUUAACGCAUUUCAGCGUUCAGCAUCUUCAGUCGCCCAUUUUCUAGCAUGAUUUCUUAGUGUAAGCAUAUUAAAACGGCGUGUCGGUUGUUAUCACUACCCUCUUGUUACCAUGCACCCACACAUGCGUCCACACACACACGCACGCACGCACGCACGCACGCACACACACACACACACACACACAUGCACACACAAACAAAAAGAAAACUACAGUGAUAUAGUCAUUAUGUCUAUUAGAAUAAGGCAACUUACACAACAUUGUGUCAGUUGUUAUUACUGCCCUCUUGUUGGCGUGCACCCACACAUGCGUACACACAAACACACACGUAUACACAUGCACAAACACAAAAAACUACAGUGGCAUACACACUGUGUUUUUAGGAAACCAACCUGACCGAGCCAGUAUCAAUCCUACAAGGGAAAGGAAGCAUUAGACUGCAGUCUUAGGAAGCAUGACAAGCCCUCCUAUCAGAGUCCAGCGAUAAAAAUGUCUUUUUUCCCUCCUAUCUGUGUCUUCGAUGAUUAUUAUUAUCAAUGAUAUUGUCAUUAUUAUUAUGACUAUUACUAUUGUUGUUGUUGUCCUCCGUGUAUAGAAUGUGUUUUUGUACAUUGUCAUUAAAACGUCCUGCUGGACAGUGACAUACA